CCAGGAUGGGAGUGGUGAGCAGCAAAAAGCAGGUGAAGGAGAAGAGUAAGGGCCAGUGGAGUCCUAUGAAGGUCAGCACCCAGAGCAAAGAUCCCCCACCACUGCCACCCCUGGUCCUAUUUAACCACCUGGCUCCUGCACCUCCGGACACGUGCCUGGACCAAGAGGAGCAUUUCGUGGUGGCCCUGUACGACUACAGCUCGGUGAAUGACAGGGACCUGCAGAUGCUGAAGGGGGAGAAGCUGCAGAUACUGAAGGAAGUUGGAGACUGGUGGUUGGCCAGGUCUCUCAUCACUGGAAGAGAAGGCUACGUGCCCAGCAACUUUGUGGCCCGAGUGGAGACCUUGGAAGUGGAAAAAUGGUUCUUUAGAUCAAUUAGCCGGAAAGAUGCUGAGAGGCAGCUUCUGGCUCCAAUCAAUAAGGCGGGCUCCUUUCUUAUCAGAGAGAGUGAAACCAACAAAGGUGCCUUUUCCUUGACUGUGAAGGAUGUGACCACCCAGGGGGAGAUGAUCAAACACUACAAGAUCCGCUCCCUGGAUGAAGGGGGCUAUUACAUCUCCCCCCGCAUCACCUUCCCUACUCUCCAGGCUUUGGUGCAACAUUAUUCUCAGAAAGGGGAUGGUUUAUGCCAGAGGCUGACCCACCCUUGUGUGAGCCUGGUUCCUCAAAACCCCUGGGCCCAGGAUGAAUGGGAAAUCCCCCGGCAGUCUCUCAAGCUGGUCAGGAAACUCGGGUCUGGGCAGUUUGGCGAAGUCUGGAUGGGUUAUUACAAGAACAACGUGAAAGUGGCCAUCAAGACCUUAAAGGAGGGAACCAUGUCUCCGGAGGCCUUCCUGGCAGAGGCCAACCUGAUGAAAACUCUCCAGCAUGAGAGGCUCGUUCGUCUCUAUGCCGUGGUCACCAAGGAACCCAUUUACAUCGUGACAGAGUACAUGGCCAGAGGAUGCUUACUGGAUUUCCUGAAGACGGAUGAAGGUAGCAGAUUGUCCCUCCCCAGACUGAUCGACAUGUCAGCCCAGAUUGCCGAAGGAAUGGCGUAUAUUGAGCAAAUGAAUUCAAUCCACCGCGACCUGAGGGCAGCCAACAUCUUGGUGUCUGAGACCUUGUGCUGUAAGAUUGCUGAUUUCGGCUUGGCCCGCAUCAUUGACAGUGAAUACACCGCCCAAGAAGGAGCCAAGUUCCCCAUCAAGUGGACUGCCCCAGAGGCCAUCCAUUUUGGGGUGUUCACCAUCAAAGCAGACGUGUGGUCAUUUGGAAUCCUCCUGAUGGAAAUCGUCACUUAUGGGCGUGUACCCUACCCAGGAAUGAGCAACCCCGAGGUCAUCCGCAGCGUGGAGCGUGGCUACCGCAUGCCGCGCCCCGACUCGUGCCCGCCCGAGCUGUACCACGGUGUCAUUGCUGAGUGCUGGCGGAACCGGCCGGAGGAGCGGCCCACCUUCGAGUUCCUGCAGUCGGUGCUCGAGGACUUCCACACAGCCACCGAGCAGCAGUACGAGCUGCAACCCUAG